AUGCGCGCCAUCUCCCACCUCGCCGUCGCCAUCACCUUCGUCUGCACCGUCUGCGCGCUACCGACCACCACCAACACAACCAACCCGACACUGUACGUCUCCCACUACGAUGGCCAUAUCUACACUCUCGCCCUGGACACCGUCGAGCGCAGCCUGACGCUGGCCGGCUCGCUGAAGGCUUGCGGCGACAUGCCCAGCUGGCUCACGUACGACUCGGCCGGCCGCACGCUGUACUGCGUCGACGAGUCUGGGUUCAACGCGAGCAUUGGCAAUGGCACGCUGUCCAGCUUUAUAGUAUCAGGUAACGGCACGCUGAGCCAGACUGCCAAAGUGACCACACUGCCCGGCGGCGUGGCCAGUGUGAUUUAUAAUGAUAUCGACGGGCGGAACUAUCUGGCCAUUGCCCACUACCAAGGCUCCGCUGUAUCCAACUUUGCGUUACCCAUCUCAGACGACUCGACCGCGCUGCAGACAUUUGAAUUCACCUUGCCAGGCCCGCCGACUGUCCCCUCGCGCCAGGAUGCGGCGCACCCGCACGAAACCUUUAUUGAUCCCAAGGGUGAGUAUGUACUGGUGUCUGAUCUAGGCUCCGACAGGAUCCGCAUCUUUACUAUUGACAAAGCGAGAGGGGAGCUCAGCCAGUGCGAUGCCUUUGCUGUCAAGGGCGGGAACGGUCCACGCCAUGGGGCGUGGUGGACUACAGGUCUCGACGAAAACACUGUGCUCUAUAUCUCGAAUGAGCUCGCCAACACAGUCAGCACCUACAAGGUCACGUACGGCGACAGCUGUCUUGUUCUCGAGGAGGACGGCGAGAUCGUGCCGUACCCAAAAGACAUCCCCAGCAACGCGACUAUGGCCGAAGUGCAUGUUUUUGACGACAAGGACGUGUAUGUGUCGCUGCGCAACGACCAGGCUUUCCCUCCCAGUGACUCGAUAGCUUUCCUGCAGGCGUCUACUACAGACGGUUCGCUGGCUCUCAACAACCUGACCACCUCGUAUGGCAAGACACCACGUACGUUUGUCGUCAAUAAAGCCGGCACUCUGCUUGCCAUUGGUAACGAGGCGUCGUCCGACGUUGCUAUUGUCGAGCGCAACCCGAAGACCGGUGCUCUCGGGAGCCUUGUGGCCCAGCUUCAGUUCGGUGCCCAGGGGACCCCCGGCCAGGAGGACGGCUUGAGCAGCGUCAUCUGGGCUGAGUAA